AUUGGUUUUCAGCUUCAGCAUCGCCCCCUUUUAUUCAAGUAAAAGUGGUGCGGCCCACGCUGGGUACCAGAGAAAGGAGCGGAGAUUGGGAGAUUUCAACUCAUGAAAGGGGGAGGUUGGAAUUAACGUGUAACCGCGCUCUCCGUCUGUGGUUCAGACUGAAUAAUUCCCACUGACAUUUAGCUAACUUGCCCGCCCCCGCCGAGCCUCCCCGCUGGGAGGAGCUGAUAUGUUUUGUUCCAAACCCACCGCCUUCACCGCUCAGUCAUGACCGGACCGAGUCGGGAAUCAGUUAUCCGCUUCCUAAGCGAGCAAGGCGGCCGGGUACCAAAUCAGAAUGUGCUGGGACACUUCAGGGCGCUGCUGAAUGAGCCGCCAGUCGGUGAGUCUCGAGAAACUCUCCGCAGCCGCUUUAAAGAUAUUGUGAAUGAGGUGGCAACCGUGAGAGAAGAGGCCGGGGUGAGAUACGUGUGUCUGCGGAAAAAGUACCGAGAGACUGGAUCGGCAGCGCCCUCCCCAGAAAGCUCGGUUAGUGACCAUGAAGCGGCCAGCGAGUCCCCGGGGCACAGCUCUGAGGGGGGAAGGAAGGACUUGUCCACCAGCAUCUCAGUCACCGGAGCCCCCGGUGGAGCCGCUCAGCAGCCGCAGGAGAAAGAGGACAAAAGCGUCCCCGGGCCGAUCAAGCAGUGUCCUGGCUCCCCGGAGGUUUUUAUUCCCAGCAGCGGUAGGACUCCCAGGGGCAGUCGCAAGGGUGUGCGGGAGCCCGUGUCCCCUCAGUUCCGCAGGGGCGGGGGGCUGCUUCGAGCCGGGAAGCGGGAUUCAGACAGCUCGUCCCUGCACAGUUCCUCGUCGGUGUCCGGAAACGAGGAGGAUGAGAGCGGCGCGGCGCACGGACAAGUAGCGCUGGACCCUGUGGAGCACGCCUGGAUGCUGAGUUCGUGCCGGGGCCGCUGGGAGAGCUUACGGGAGUUGCUGAGCAACGAGCCCGGCCUCAUCACCCGACGGGACUUCAUCACCGGCUUCUCUUGCCUACACUGGGCCGCCAAGCACGGACAACACGAACUCCUGAACGCUCUCCUCACCUAUGCGCGCCAACACCGGGUGCCAAUUAAUAUCAAUGCGCGGGCGGCGGGAGGUUACACCGCUCUGCACUUGGCUGCCAUGCACGGCCACCUGGACGUCAUUAAGCUGCUGAUCGGGGCAUGUGAUGCAGAUGUGAAUAUAAGAGACUACAGUGGCAGGAAAGCGUGGCAGUACCUUGGGCCGAACACUACCCACGAUGUACAGGGGCUGGUGGGUGCUCUGCCCUACGGAGGUGAAGAAGAUGAGGAGGAGGAGGAAGGAGAGAAUAUGGGGUCGGGCCGCUGGCGGCUCUCUAGGGUACUCCCCUCACAACUCAUUGUACAUCGGCUCUCUCAGCUGCCGGAGGAUCAGCCGGAGGGCCCCGGGGGCAGCAGGACAGACCUGUACAGGAAGGGCUCUGGGCUAAAGGGCAAGCCACGACUCAAUAAGAUCCGAUUUAGGACUCAGAUUAUCCAUAACAACCUGUCCUCUGGAGACGCUUAUGAGCAAGAGGAUAAACCUCUCAAGAGUCCUGCGAGGCUCAGACCAAAAUCCAAUGUGUUCGGGUGAUCUCAACCUUGAGUGUGUCCCUUCUAUAUCUAAAUGCUAAUUACCGGUAUAUAACACACUAUCCCCCUCCAGCUACUGCACAACCAGUCCCAGCUCUCAGUUGCCUACAGAUCUUGCUGGACUACAAGUUGGAGCUUCCUUCCUUACAGCCACAUGACAUGGCAACAAACCACCUUGCUGCACUCACAUAUCUGUCAUACUUGAACCUAUUCCAGAUGAUUUGGACUUCAAUGGCUAUUACAGAAAUAGGAUGAGAGUGUAAAGGGUGGUACUGCUAGACAAUCUGCUGGACUGAUUUACUCUAGCCAUCAUUUGGAAAUGUUCUUAAUUUCUAGUGCAGAGAAGUGCACACCCAGUUUUAUGAUCUGGUAUAUCUAUUAUACAUCUGAAAACUUAAAAAUAAUGCACCAAAAUGUAAUGGAAUGUGCUCAAAAUGUAAACUUUACGCUGUCUUAAAGAUAGAGGUGGAUGGAAAAUACUUUGCCUGUAGCAGAAUAAGCAUUGACAGGUAAACUACUGGCACAGAAGUGAGAAGCAAGCAAAGCCACAGACACAUUAUUUUCCAUAAAUUGCUAUUAAAAACAUUGGCGUGCAAAUUGGGGUAUUUCCACCAGAUCCAAUUUCUGUCUGAGCAUAUAACAGUCAAAGUGACUUUUUUUUCAGCCUGGGUUUAACUAUUUUCCCCUUGCUGCUACUUGAAGCUGAAAUAUAGUGUCAUCUCUAGAAAUAAUAUUAUCUGGUAGUGUAACUAUGUUUCUUUUAGCAAGUAUAUAAAACCACCAUGUUUUGUGUGAUUGGUCUCUGGUGCAUUCACUUUAUCUUGAAAGUGGGCCAUAUUGAGAAAAUUAGAAGCAGAUUGUUAGCAAAGGGUAGCUGCAGUAUAAGCACAGUGACUGCAUCUAACACAAAAAUGGUACCUGUUGCAUCUGUGGGUGUACCACCUUUUAAAAUGCAUGCAUACUCCAGUUUGCAGCAGCUGGGGAUGGCAGCACAAGUUUCAGUCUUUAUGAUGCCACAGAGCUUGUGGUACAAAAUGUACAUGCUUUUGGUGCAAAAUAUUAUGGUACUUUAACCCGUGCAUUAGUAAAGUUUUAACACAGUUUUCAAGUCAUUUUCAUUCUUAUGAGGUGUUUUUUUAACUGUUUAAAUCAAUGUACGUAUAUAGUGUAAACUACAAUGCAUAUAUUUUUGUAUUUCUCUAUUUAGCGUGCCAUAUGGUACAUGUGGAGAUUGAUCAGAAAGCAGUACAGUAAUUCAUAGCACUUUUUGUAUACAAUUAUAUUAAAUAUUUCAGCUAAUUUUGUCAACACUGGUAAAAAUUUAUUGAUCUGACUCACUGACCAAAUCUGGAAUCUGGAGAUCAGUCUGUUCAGAGAAAUGGUCGAUUAAAGGCAACUUUAAACUAUAGCACUUAGAUUUUAAACUGACAUGGUUAAAGGUAGUGGUAGAUGACAAAACAUUCCUAAACUACAAAGACUUGCAAUCUGUAGUGAUGUGUGAGAGCAAUUCUAGUAGAAAUGAUGAGCUAAGAGCUUUUACUGUUUUAUUGUCAUUCUUCAGCAUUUAAUAACUUGCUAAUAAACCAUAACUCAUGGAACUUUU